AUGUCUGCUCUUGCCAUCCCCGAGGGCGCCACCAUCGUCCACACCUUCAAGCAGUCCUUUGUCGACGUGCCCAUUGAUGCCGACAAGGGCAAUGCCAUUGCUACCACCCAGUUCCUCGAUGCUGCCGAGUCCCUGACCACCAUGUUUGAUGUUCUCGGCUCUGUUGCUUUCUCCCCUGUCAAGAACGACAUGCUGGGCAACGUCAAGAAACUCCGUGAGCGUCAGCUCGCCGCCCCCGCCGAGUCUGAUAACAUCCAGGACCUCGUCCGCAACGAGCUCAAGACCAAGAAGCACACUGCCACCGAGGGUCUCCUGUGGCUUGUCCGUGGUCUCGAGUUUACUUGCCUUGCCCUCAGCGCCAACGUCGCCAACCCCUCCGAGGAGCUUGCCGACUCUUUCCGAACCGCCUAUGGCUCGACCCUCAAGCCUCACCACAGCUUCCUGAUCAAGCCCGUCUUCAGCGCUGCCAUGAGCGCCUGCCCUUACCGCGCCGACUUCUAUACCAAACUCGGAGCUGACCAGGACAAGGUCUCCUCCGACCUGAGGGUCUACCUGGCCGCUCUGGAGAAGAUUGUCGGCAUUCUGAAGGGCUUUGUUGAGAGCAAGGAGGCUAAGUGGUAA